AUGGAUCCAAAAGUGUGUGAUGAAUCAGUGAAAGAAGCUUCGAAUUUCAAGCCUGAGAAGAUUCUUCAACCAGUUGAUGAAUCAAUUGUGUGUCCCACUCCAGAGAAGAAGAGUGAAGAACUGUUACCCAACAAAUUCAAGGAUCCACUAUCCCAUCUUCCAGAGGAUUACAGGAACAUUGCUGAAUUGUUUAGGCAUAUGAGUUGUUCACUUAGAUUGCUGCAUAUGCGUAAAAAGUCUCCAACUUUUCUGAAUAUUUGCAACAAGGUUGAAGUUCUUGCCAAAAGAAACUUCUCACUUGCUGAUCUAGCGCAGAUGAAGUAUAUACUCCCUGAAGGUAUAGACAUUGAAAAGGUGGUUGUUAUUGAUAAGAAGAGCUUGUGUGUGAAGCCGGAUUUGAAGAUCACCUUGGUUUUCGAAGUUGUAAAAGAUCACUCUGAACAGUCUGCUGAUAUAGCUCUUAGACGACAUUUUAAUUCCAGGCUGAUUAAUUUCUUUAAUCUGCACCCUCAGGUUACUAAGAUUCCAGAGUUCAGAUUACCAGAGCCCUUUAGCCAAGAAGCUUGUAAUUUGGCUUUCAAUCAAGGGCCUGCAGAUUUUGCAGCAGAACUUUCAUUGACUUCCAAUGAAGUUGUAGAGCAGCUGAACAACUUACAUUUGACUCCAUCUUUUAAAAGACGUUUUUAUCAGAAGAAUGCUACUGACCAGACGGUCCAGACUAAACAAGUUCAGAGCUUUUCAUCAUCUGAAAACUCUCUGUCAUCGGAUGAAUCUGACUCCCUAGACAACCAAGAAAGUGAAAGCUCAUGGCAGAAAGAAUGUUCACCAUUUUCUGAUUGUGAGAGUAAUCUUAAUGCAGAAAGUGGCAAGCAGAAGGAAUCAUUGUCAAUGUCUUUUCAGGCAAAUGUUAUUAGUACACCAUCAGAACAUAAGAUAUGCUCUCCGCGUUCUGUUAGCCGCUGUAGCGCUGAAAGCCCUGAUUUGAAAAUCGUCUCUUGCGCUGAUAGUUUGUUAACACAGACACCUGCACAGUCAGCACCUGAGAGAUUGGUGCUCGGUUCUGAUGUUAAGCCUCAGAAAAUGUCUGCUCAAAAGUCUAUGUCAGGCUUUAAGCCCGCAAAAAGAGCGCUCGACUUUACACUCACAGAAGGCAAUGGUGAUUUGGAUAAUAGAGUAAUGUUAGAAUCUAGCAAAGCUACCCUGCCUCGAGAGAUACAAGAGAAUCUUUGUUAUUCCUUCGAGAAAAUCAACCAAAAUCAAAUUAGUUUGGAUGCAUCAGAUGACAAUCCUCCAUCAUUAGUGGAACUGGUUAAUGUGAUUGACUCUAUAUUUUGCUCUGUCAAAACAAAUGAAAUCACAAAAGAGGAGCUCCUGCAAAAGAUAAUGAUUAACUGUUCAGAGUUUGUUGAGACUACUAGAGAAGUUGAAGAACAGAUUGAGAUUUUGGAAAAAAUUGUGCCAGAUUGGAUGUGCAAGAAGUUGCUUGCUUCUGUAGAUGGAGUCACAAUGUACUGCAUUAAUAAUGCAAUAGAUUUGGACUCGGUUCGAUCAAGACUUCUCGGCAAAUGA